AUGUCGUCGGUGUCAGCGCAAGGAGUGGUCGAGCGCGCCUCCGCUGAGCUAUCGCGCCGCAUUACAGGACUAGGGCUGCGAGGUCGCAAGCGUUCUCCGGGGGUCGUCGAGAGAGUAGCCAAUGCCUUAUGCGGGCCCGCCACCGCCGCCCCGCCGAGGAUACCCCGCCGGAGACGACCCUCGCCGAGACCGCUUGUGUGGAGCCAAUUUAUUAUAGAGGAGAGGUUCCUCGAGAAGUUCUUCCUGUAUUUCAAUGGCAGCGAAAGAAGGACCCUUGCUCAAGUCUGUACUAAAUGGCGUGAUGUCCUGUAUUCAUCACCCCGUUGGUGGAAUGGUCUUGUUGCUGUUCUGGAUUGUAGGGAACUUCGAUCUGAAACUGGUUGUUGCAUGCAAAGAUUUUACAAUUCGGUUGUGAGGAGAGGUAUCCGAGGAUUUGUACUAAUUUCCGCAACAGAUGAUGAUAUAAAUGAAUUAAUAAAACAGUUUCCACUCUCAGCUCAUCACAUACAUGCUAUUGGUUUAAAAGGUUGCACAAUAACUGAUCGAGGUUUAGAAGCAAUACUUGAUCAUUUACAGGUUCUCUUUGAACUAGAACUAACAGGCUGUAAUGAAAUAACAGAGGCCGGUCUCUGGGCUUGUUUAACUCCUAGGAUUGUAUCACUUACACUUACCGACUGCAUUAAUAUUGCCGAUGAGGCUGUGGGUGCGGUUGCUCAACUGUUGCCGUCACUAUACGAGUUCUCAUUGCAAGCCUACCAUGUCACAGAUGCAGCACUCGGUUAUUUUUCACCAAAACAAAGUGCCUCACUCAGCAUCUUAAGAUUACAUAGUUGCUGGGAGCUUACUAACCAUGGCGUCGUUAACAUUGUGCAUUCUCUGCCAAACCUGACAGUGCUGUCCCUCAGUGGAUGCAGCAAGGUUACUGAUGAGGGUGUGGAACUCCUGGCUGAGAACCUGCCGCGUCUACGAAGCCUCGAUCUCAGCUGGUGUCCGCGGGUCACUGAUAACGCGCUCGAAUACAUCGCCUGCGACCUAAACCAGCUUGAAGAGCUUACAUUGGACCGAUGUGUCCAUAUAACUGAUAUCGGCGUGGGCUACAUUAGUACAAUGCAGUCGUUGGCCGCUCUGUUCCUUCGCUGGUGUUCUCAAGUGCGGGACUUCGGUGUGCAGCAUCUGUGCGGCAUGCGAAGUCUGCAGUUACUAUCGCUAGCCGGUUGUCCGCUCCUGACAUCCGGUGGCCUCUCAAGUUUGAUCCAGUUGAGACAACUAAGAGAACUCGAGCUGACUAAUUGUCCGGGAGCAUCCCCUGAACUGUUUGACUACCUUCAUGAGCAUCUACCGCGUUGCCUCAUCAUAGAAUAA